AUUUCUGUUACUGUAGCAGUAUAGUAGUAUUCGUGUUAUAACCCUAUUUAACGAAUGUAUAGACCUAAUUCAUCGUGUGAACUUUUUGUGACUAAAGUUAGAUCUCAGCGGCAAGCAACGAGUAUUACGUUUUCGUAACGACGACAGUUUAUAGACGUCAUGAUGAAAUAACUUUGCUCCUCUAACGGGGGCGCUACACCCAAAAUACAACACAAUAUUGUGGAGAAGUCGGUCACCACCUCGGAAGCACAAGCAACCCGGAAAGAUACAGUAUUUGUCAAAUUGAUACAGUCUACAGGCAAUGUUAAUGUUAUUACUGGUACUGCAAUUACACAUUUAUUUUUGCAAUUUAAAAUCGAAUGGCACUGUCAUCAUGAAUGCACCAGCUCGCUAAACCGAUACGGAUACGUAACGGUUUAAAAUAUACCUAGCUGGCUGAAUCUGAAUACUAGCUACCCGAAUAGCAAGCCACUGCAACUUUUGUUAUCAAAACAGCUGGGAUCCUAAAAACCACUGUGCAUUCCAGGAAAAGUCCGGUACGAUCUGGCGUGCAAAUGACUACACACGAAAGCUGUAUGGACUCAUUUCUGUCGGAUGAAGAGGACGCCCGCGCGAUUGAAGACGCGAUUAAGGCAGCAAUAAAAGCUGUCAUGUAUGUUUUGUGCAACAUAAACAACAACAAAAUACGUGCGUAUGAAAUGAUGGUGGCCCAGAGGGACAGAGAGAACGAAAGACUGAGAAUGCAAAUGAAGUCCGCUGAGAUGGAAUUGAUAUCACUGCGGCGAUACAGACGGACAAUGGGACAGGGGGGUCUUGUGGAUUCUGUUUGCAGCCUUGACUCCGGGAUUUCGUCGGAAGAAAACAGCAAACAGGAUUUGUGCGCUAAAUCAGGGUCGUGCGACGCCGAGGAAGACAUGCGCGGCCAACCCCUGUGGAGCAAGGAGUUUGCCACUGAGUGUACCGGUCCCUGUGCAAGUGCGGCUGACCAGGCGGAGCGUGAAGGUUGGGGGACGACGGUUGACCCUUCCCUGGUCGCAUUCGGCGAAGGUCUUCGCUGCAGGUCACGGGGGGAGUGGACCAACGGCGGCCCGCUGAAAUCGGACGGUGACAGCGGGCACCCCGCAGCCGCUGCGGAGGGCCCCGUCCCGGUGAAGGAGGAACCCCCCGAUUUUGAAACCGUAUGCGUGAAGUGGGAAGUCUGCGAUCGCGGUGUUCCGGUGGGUGGCGGCGCUCGCCCCGCGCCUAAAAACGGCACCGCGUCGACGUGGUCCAGAGACGGAGCUCUCCCUUGUGGCGAGAGGCAGAAGCACAGCUUCGGUUUCCCCGGUCUUCCAGGAGAGAGGACAACGCUUCCCCCGACCUGCCAAAAAAGCGCAUGCUCGGUUUGGCCGGAUUUGGAGAUGAAGAGAAUGUCCAACAGGGAAAAGCUGCAACGCUACAGAGCCAGGAUACGGGCGGACCCAGACAAGUACCGGGUGUACCGGGAAAUGGACCGUCGUAGGUACCAGAUGAGGAAAAAGUCCAUAAAAGAUCUUCCCGAGCACUGUCAGAAGCUGAAGCGGGAGGCGUGGAGAGAGGCGGCCAGGCGACACCGCGCGCGGAAGAAGUCCUGCCCUCCGAUUGGCCCUCACGUCGACCUUGCGCUAAACGUGGAGGUGCCAUUGGACCCCACCGAAAUUCUCCAGAGCUGGGAUCCCACAAUGUGCACUGGCCAAGGAAACCAAGUCCCAUUGGAUUGAUGGGCGAUUUUGUACCUGUUAAGACUGGAAGUUAUUAAAUUUGGCACCCCCUUUUGGUGGUUUGUAUGUAUACAGAGUAUUAUUCUUACUGUGUAUAAUCCAUUUAUAAAGGUUGAUAUUUAACUUUUGGCUGUUUAGGUCAAGUACUUCACUCUUGAGCACAAGGGCUGUGCCCGCACUCUGGUUUCGAACCUGCAACUCUCUGACUCUAAGGGUAGCUUUCUAAGCACUGUGCUGUCACAGCACUCUAACCGAGGUUAAAUUACUGCUGUUCUUACAUGUUUAUUCAGAAUAUAUUUUACCUGAAUUUAUUUAUUUUUUUAGUUUGGUCAUAUGCAUAUGAACAUGAAGAUAAAUAUGACAGAUUAUUUUGUCGAUUGAGUCAAUUUUUCAGUUGAGGGAUUUUUGGUCUAAUUGCAAGGACUGGCAGGCCAUUAAAGUCAACAGCAGGUUAAGGCAUUAUUUAUUUCAACACCCAAAUGAGGCAAAACAAAAAUUACUGGCAGAGAUGACAUCAUGUGUGUUAUUUCCGCUGUCUUUUGGCGUAGGGGAAACACAUUGUGGGACUCUUUGUGUUCUGCGUGUGCAAAUGUAGUGUUAUGGACUCCAGAGCCAAGGGUCCUCACUCCUACUGUGUGUAUUCAGCUGCAAAUGCAGUUCUGUAUUUGUCACUGCUGACAUUAUGACCUGCUGAUAUUAUAACCUGAAAUCAUUUGAAGUGAAAAUGCCAGCUGUGACAGUGCAGAUUUUGAUGUGGUAUAGCCUCAUGGAGCAUGUAGUGUUUUAUGGUUAUUGUAAUAACUUGUAAUAAUUCAAUUUUUUGGAUUAAAACUACGCUUGGCAAAUGU